UCGAUGUCAGAAAUCGCAACACUUGGUGAUAUCGACGCUCUGCCAGCUCUAACUAGAACGCAAAGUACAACAAAUUCUGUCCCUCUGAGACGUGAAAAAGUGUAUAAAAUAAAUACUUGUCCAGCUAGUUUAAGUGUAAUUUAGAGCAAAACAGAAAAUGUCGUUUGCGGAAAAAAUCACGGGGCUGCUGGCGCGUCCAAAUCAACAGGAUCCUGUGGGACCGGAGCAGCCUUGGUAUCUCAAAUAUGGCAGUCGAUUGCUGGGCAUUGUGGCCGCCUUUUUUGCCAUACUCUUUGGGCUCUGGAAUGUGCUCUCAAUCAUCACACUCAGUGUCUCCUGCCUGGUGGCGGGCAUUAUCCAGAUGAUAGCCGGCUUUAUAGUCAUGGUCCUGGAGGCGCCCUGCUGCUUUGUGUGCAUCGAGCAGGUGAACGGCAUUGCGGAUAAGGUGGAUGCCAAGCCCAUGUACUUCCGGGCCGGGCUCUAUUGCGCCUUGGCCGUUCCGCCAAUCUUCAUGUGCUUCGGACUGGCCAGCUUAUUCGGCAGUGGCCUCAUCUUUGCAACCGGCGCCGUGUACGCCAUGAUGGCGUUAGGCAAGAAAGCUUCGCGUGAGGAUAUGGCCGCUGCCGCCACAUCGCCCACACAGAUGGCCGGCGGUCAGGCGGGAGGCCAAAUGCAAAUGGGCGGCGAUCAGCAUAUCACACUCAUGGAAGAUCCCGAUGUCUGGCGUCCCACAUAAAUGCCUAAUUGCGAAAUUAGUAACUGCCAAACCACAAGACACUCCACAAGACAGACACACAGCCACACAUCUACACACACUCCACUCCAAUGCACUCCACUAGAAGCGCAGAAAAACGCCAACAGAAAUUGAUUGAGAAGCAGCGUUAUAGGGCAUCUGAGAAUAUAGAAUACAGAAGAACACCCCACCAAAUACAAAAGAAAUUAAAUGAAAUGAAAUGAAACGAAAUUCUCAUAUGUAAUUGUUGUUGCUUGAAAACAUACGUUUGUUAAUAACCAAAGUGUUUUUUGGGGCCAAAUGCAUUUUCGUCAUUUUGGCCCCAUUGUCUUUGUCCCUUUUGUGCAUGUAAUUCGUAUUUCCAUUUUUAAAUGUCUUUCGUCGAACGGUUGGUGUUGUUAAAAACUACAGUUAAAUAUAUUAUAUAGUACAUAGAGCAAAUACUGAAGAGAUACAUACAUUGAUACAUACAAACAUACAUGCAUAUGUCGAAACUGCAGCAAGAAUAUAUUUUUAGUGAGAAACUAUAUUGAAAGCUAACCCGAAUGCAAACAUAAACAAUAACAAUAAAAAACUUAUUUAAACAGAAACCACAAGCUUCCACACACACACACACACAUGUACACACAGCUUAAAUACAUAAUUACACACAACAAAACAAAUAUAUAAAUAAUACUAUAAAAAAGUGAGAAUCAAGAAAGAACAACCUAUAGAGCAAUAUGUACAACUCAGAAGAAGUAUUAACACGAUAUGCUUUGCUUGAGUGUAAACCAUAAAAUAAAACAAAAAAUGUUAACGUUAUUUGAGAAUUGAUUUUGCUCACAAGAUAGUCCACGAAUUGAAAUUGAACAUAAUC